AUGGCAGUGAUGGCAUCAUCAUUCAUGGACAAACCGUCCAUCGAAUCAAGACCUGUCGUCACAUCAGCUGGCAUUAUAACAGUCACUGUAGACACCAAUGGGGCAACACCUGAUCCAUCCUCACUCGAAAACGGCAACUCUACUCCAGAGCAGACGGUCACUUUGGCGGACGAACAGCCGUCGCUUGUUGCGAAGUCAGACAACGAUAAUGCCUCCGAUCUAGACAUGACAAUUGCGCCUGCCGACGAAGUCACUAACGGUAUUGCGCCAGUCGCGCCCUUCCUACCUGACCCAACUCCGAAUUCAGAUCCUAUCACCGGAAUACCUCCCUUAGUCGACGCACCGACGUCUGCUAUUCGCGCCGACUCUUCUGAAGAGUUACCACAGCUCUCACUCGGAGCUAACCCCGAUAUCAUGGACACGACAGGCGACACUACAACUUCGGUUCAAGAAUCCCAAAUUGUUCUCACUCCUGAGACAGACACGAAAGUACAUAAUGCGACACGAAAAGAAGACCCUGCCCCGCAGAUCGAUGCCUUGGCUCCAAUCGAACCCACUACAACAAACAAUGCAUCAAUAGCUGACGUAGAUGAAAAAAUGGCUGACUCGACUGGAGAUAUUCCACCUACUACGGAUGAGGCUAUGUCAGACGCUCCAUCGCAGUCGAAAGUACGAGCACGUGAAGAUGACGACGUCGAACAACGAUCUCCAAAGCGCGUGAGAACUGCAGAUGCAGAGUCAAUUGAUGCAGACCCGCCGGCGUCGGGCAUGUCCAAGGUCGAGCCGACAAUAGUGUCUGAGCAGAUACCUCCAAUUGCCCAAGAGAGUACCACAGCUGAAACACCUAGUACCGACACAGCGCCAGCAACAACCCAGGUAAUAGCGAACACGCAAUACACCCCGAUAUUGGCUCAGUUCGACUCGGAGCCGCUGCUACCACGGCAAAAAGCAGGUUUGCUCCGCGUCUUACAGAACGCGAAAAAGGCAAAAGCUGCGCUUGCUUUUAAGGAACCCGUGGACCCGGUCGCGCUUGGCAUCCCCACCUAUCCCAGUAUCGUGUCACACCCAAUGGAUCUGAAGACCAUGGAGACUAAGCUCAAGAACGACAAAUAUGGCACAGUGGACGAAUUCAUCUCUGAUAUGUGCCAGAUGGUCAAGAACUCAUUUCUUUUCAAUGGAUCAUCGCAUCCCGUAUCGACUGCAGGCACCGUUCUAGAAGCAUUCAUGGCAAGAGCUAUAAAGUCCAAUGCCACUCGGGGCAGUGUGCAGGUCCCACAGCCUGCCAAGCCAGCUCCCUCGGCUCCUACCAAGAAGGAGACGCGUCGUCGAUCUACCACUAAAUCAGAGAAACCCGUCAUUCCACAUCCGGCUCCUGUUGCGGCAUCACCUACCACAUAUGCUCCUAUUGACGGUGUUCCCAUCAUUCGAAGAGACUCUACCACGAAUGAUGGCCGACCUAAGCGAGAGAUACAGCGCCCGAAGCCAAGAGAUUUGCCAUAUAGCGUCAAGCCCAAAAAGAAGAAAUUCCAGAUCGAACUGAGAUUCUGCGAACACGUGAUGAAUGAGGUGAAAAAGCAGAAAUACGCGAGAAUCUCCUGGCCAUUCGCGAAUCCUGUAGAUCCUGUGGCACUCAAUAUCCCGACUUAUCACAAGGUUAUCAAGAAACCUAUGGACAUGAGCACCAUAGACAAGAAGCUCAAGCAAGGCGAUUAUCAGACGUCAAAAGAUUUUAAAGCCGACUUCGAUCUGAUGUUCGCCAAUUGCUUCAAGUUCAACCCCGACAAUGAUGAAAUCAACAAGAUGGGCAAAGAGUUUCAGGCUAUAGUGAACGAAUUAUGGGCUGGAAAAGAAACAUGGAUUGCGAACCAUCAGCCACCUUCAGACCCAGUUUCAUCUGCGGAGGAGUCUGACGAUGAUGAAGCAAGUGAUGACGAACAAGACACACGUCAGAGAGAUUUGCUAGACAUACAACGACAAAUCGCAAUGCUGAAUAGCCAAGCACAACAAAUUAUUGAGAGUGCAACUAAGCAGGCGUCACCGAAGGCGCAUGGGAAGAAGAAUGGCAAAACUGGUAAGAGCAGUAAGCAAAAGAAGAACAGCGGUGGAACGGCAUCAUCGAAGCCUGGCAAGUCCAAGAAAGCCAAGAACGUGACGCCUUUGACGUUCCAACAAAAACAAGAGAUUUCGGAGUCGAUCAGUGAACUGAGUGAAGCCGACAUGGGAAAAGCAAUGCAAAUAAUCCGCAACGGUUGUCCAAACCUAAGCAAUGGCAACGAUGAAGAGCUCGAGAUAGAUAUGGAGAUGAUUCCCGAGGACGUCCUGCGUCAGCUGUACAAGUUCGUCCGUAACAAACGACCAUCGAUGCAGAAGAACGAUGAGAUCUCGGACGACGAGUUUGAGCCCCCAAAGUCUGCAGCUCCCAAGACGACCAAGAGCAAGAAGAACAAGCCAAUGAACAAGAAGGAACAGGAAGACAGCAUUGAGGCUAUAAAACGUCAACUCGAGACGUUCAAGCAGGGUGGUUCAGGAUCUGAAGAGCCAGUAUCUCCAGCGAACCAGGACGACUCAAGCAGCGACGAUGAUGCGGCUUCAGAGAGUGAAGAGGAGUAG